CUUGCUACCGCUAGACUCUCAGCCCUGCAAGAUGUCUGCAGCUGCCGCGCCUGUGAAGCAGCAGAUGCGGCGCAUAGCGGCGAAGUGGCCGGGCGACCCGUUCCGGCCCAACAUCCAGUUGAAGACACUCUUUGAGUCCCUCGCGGAGCACCCUAACCUCACACCCACGGCCGUGAACGCGGCGCGUGCGCUCAAGAACGAUGAGUUCAUAAAGAAGUACGCGCUCUCGGAGAGGACGCUACGUCCGGCCUCGUUCCCGCACUACUACACGCGCCUCGUCGAGGCGUUCGAUAAGAGCGCGCAGGGGAUUGGUCGCCCGUGGUGGAAGAUUUUCUUCAACAUCUGGUAGCGCAUGAGGCUUCGACUAUGGCCGUCUGACUCAGGCCAUCCAAUUACCGGGACGCCUUGUGCGCCGCACCCACGCACAGCGGACCCAUGCAGUUCUCGACGACACGGAAGACGAAGCGAUGCUCGCCCCCAUCACCCCCGACGCGGCCUCUUUGGACGGGCAGGACCCCGCGGCAUCUCCCUGCGCGCCGCGACACUGCUUCUCUCCCCCACGCAUAUUUCGAUUGCGUAUUCUAUCUGUCUGGGAACUUGCUCUAUCACGCAGAUAAUCGCGUCCAUGCGUGUC